AUGGAAACAAACAUUUCACCAACAACUUUAGGUUACAAUAGAGAUUCUUCUUCUUCUUCACCAAUUCCACCUCAAACAACUCCACCUCAAACUAACACAAACACAUUAGUCUUCAACAAUCUUCAUCCAGAUCCAGAUCUAAUUGUUACAACAAGCACUUCUACUACUCCAAUAACACCACAACAGGCAACAACAACAACAGCAGCAACAACAACAACAAAAAUAUAUUACCGAGAAUGUCUGAGAAACCACGCGGCAAGCAUGGGAAGCUACGUGGUAGAUGGAUGUGGCGAGUUUAUGCCAAGCGGUGAAGAAGGUUCCCCACAAUCAUUCAAAUGUGCUGCUUGUGAUUGUCAUAGAAACUUUCAUCGAAAACAUGUUCAAUUACCACAGCAACAACAACAAGAACAACAACAGCAACAACAUCAACAACAAACGCAACAUGUUGUUAAUAACGGUCACGUUCAGUUUAACACACCUUCUUCUUCAUCUCAAAGAUUCUCACACCCAACUACUUCCGGACAUGUUCCACCUUUGAUGAUGACUUUUGGAUCAGGUCCAGCUGAAUCAUCAAGUGAAGAUCUCAACAUGUUGGGUGCACAAGUUUCAAUACAAACGCAGCAGCAACAAGGUUCUAAGAAGAGGAUAAGGACGAAAUUCUCACAGCUUCAAAAGGAUAAGAUGAUGGAGUUUGCUCAAAAGAUUGGGUGGAAGAUCCAGAAACAUGAUGAACAAGAAGUUCAACAGUUUUGUUCUCAAUUUGGUAUCAAAAGACAGGUCUUCAAAGUUUGGAUGCAUAAUAAUAAACAAGCUAUGAAAAAAACAGGAAAUGUAAGCUUAGUUUAG